GGCGUCACUUCCGGCCGACGCCGGAAGUCGGAAGUCCGAGCCGAUCCCGGCCGCCAAGGCCAGCGGAAGCUGCCUGCCGGUCCAGUUUCUGAAUGCAGGGAUCCCCGGGGCGCACCCCGAUGCCGAACACGCGGCUUCUGGUGCUCUUCGGCAGCCAGACGGGCACAGCCCAAGAUGUGUCGGAGAGGCUGAGCCGCGAGGCCUGGCGCAGGGAGCUCGGCUGCCGGGUGCAGGCCCUGGACUCCUACCCCGUGGUGAAUCUGAUAAAUGAGCCCCUGGUGAUAUUUGUUUGUGCAACUACAGGCCAAGGAGAGCCCCCGGACAACAUGAAGAACUUCUGGAGGUUCAUCUUCCGGAGGAACCUGCCAUCGACGUCCCUCUGUCAGAUGGACUUUGCUGUCCUGGGCCUUGGGGACUCAUCUUACGCCAAGUUCAACUUUGUGGCCAAGAAGCUGCACCGACGGCUGCUGCAGCUCGGGGGCAGCGCCCUCCUGCCCGUGUGCCUGGGCGAUGACCAGCACGAGCUGGGGCCCGACGCCACCAUUGACCCCUGGCUGCACGACCUGUGGGAGAAGGUGCUGGGGCCUCACCCUUUGCCCCUUGACCUCAGCCUGACCCCGCCUGGAGUCCCUUGGCCCUCCAAGUUCACCCUGAAGUUCCUCCAGGAGGUCCCCAGCACGUGCUCUGAGGAGCUGUGUGUGACCGGGACAGACCCUCAGGGACCCCCUUCAGAGCUACAGCCCUUCCUGGCACCCAUGGUCACCAAUCAGAGGGUCACUGGCCCCUCACACUUCCAGGAUGUUCGGCUGAUUGAGUUCGACAUCACGGGCUCUGGGGUCAGCUUUGUGGCCGGCGACGUGGUGCUGAUCCAGCCCGAGAACACGGCCAGCCACGUCCAGCAGUUCUGCCAGGCGCUGGGCCUGGACCCUGACCAGCACUUCACGCUGCAGCCCCGGGAGCCGGGUGUCCCCUGCCCCGCGCGGCUGCCCCAGCCCUGCUCCAUUCAGCGCCUCGUGUCCCAGUACCUGGACAUCGCCAGUGUCCCCCGCCGCUCCUUCUUCGAGCUCUUGGCCUGCCUCUCCUGCCAUGAGCUGGAGCGGGAGAAGCUGCUGGAGCUCAGCUCGGCCCAGGGCCAGGAGGAUCUGUGCGAGUACUGCACCCGGCCCCGCAGGACGGUCCUGGAGGUGCUGUGCGACUUCCCACACACGGCUGGCGCUAUCCCCCCGGACCGCCUGUUGGACCUCAUCCCCCUGAUCCGGCCGCGGGCCUUCUCCAUUGCCUCUUCUCUGCUGGCCCACCCCUCCAGGCUGCAGAUUCUCGUGGCAGUGGUGCAGUACCAGACACGCCUCAAGGAGCCCCGCCGGGGCCUCUGCUCCAACUGGCUGGCGUCUCUGGACCCCGGGCAAGGACCUGUUCGGGUGCCCCUGUGGGUGCGGUCUGGGGGCCUGACGUUCCCAAAGACACCAGACACGCCUGUGAUCAUGGUGGGGCCGGGCACUGGUGUGGCCCCCUUCCGAGCAGCCAUCCAGGAGCGAGUGGCCCAGGGCCCCCGCGCUUCCCCAGGAAACGUCUUGUUCUUCGGCUGCCGCCAGCGGGACCAGGACUUCUACUGGGAGGCCGAGUGGACGGAGCUGCAGACACGGGGCUGCCUGACUCUCGUCACGGCCUUCUCCCGGGAGCAGGAGCAGAAGGUGUACGUGCAGCACCGGCUCCGGGAGCUUGGGCCGCUGGUGUGGGGGCUGCUGGAUCUCCGGGGCGCUCACUUCUACCUGGCGGGCAACGCCAAGUACAUGCCAGCUGAUGUGUCGGACGCCCUGACGUCCAUCUUCCAGGAGGAGGGCGGGCUCUCCGGCCCCGCCGCGGCCGCCUACCUCGCCAGGCUCCAGCGGACCCUGCGUUUCCAGACUGAGACGUGGGCCUGAGGAGCCGUCCCGCCGUUGGCCGCAGCCACUCUGACCGCUGCUCUCUGGAGGCCACUGUUACCUCUCUCCCUGUCCAAUCCCAUUUGGGAGGACAGUCAGCUCUCCUUCCUGCACAGUCCCCAAGCAGCGGGAGGAGACCCCCAGGCAGCCCCCACCUUACAGCCUGAGCAAUAAAGGAUGGGUUCUGGGUGGCCGCUUCUUA